ACCCGUCAUCGCAGCUCCGCUCAGGGCUCCUGGUGUCCGUUAGAGGGCGGCACUGAGGCGCGGAGGGGCCGGGCAUAGAGUCAGUUCCUGGCAAGCUGGAGUGCUGCUGAGCCGGGCAGAGCAGAUAGACACAGAGGAGGGCUGGUGGAGGGAGGAAUGCUGCCUCAUGCCGCCGGGGUGUACUCACAAUUGAAAAUCUGACUUCCAGCGCUGCGCGACGGUACCUAUCGACUCUGGAAGAAGGAAUACUUACAGAACAAAAUGCGUGUGUUUGGGAUUUGGAUGCUGAUGGCGGCUCUGCAGGUUGUUAUUCUGGGAGGAGAGGCUGAGCGUCCGUUGUCAAGCAAACAGGGGUCGUUGCCAUGCAUGAGGGGCUUUACUCAGAAGGAAUACAUCAUCGAAAUGGACCAAGAGCUGGCAAAGGGACAGGCUGUCUUCAACGUGAGCUUCGUGGACUGCGGUGGAGGAAAAGUGUGGUUCGAGGUUGGAGAUUCUUCAGACUUCAGGGUGAGUGAGGAUGGUGUGGUCUACGCCCUGCGGCGCCUCAGCCUGGGAGGAAAAGGAAAGACCACGGUGUUGGUCUACGCUCAAGACCUGCAAUCCAAACAGAUCUGGAAGAGCAGAGUGCACCUCCAUGCCCAUGCAAACGGCAACAGUGCAGGAGCUCAAAAGGUGAAGCCCAGUGAUGCAACACUGACUCAGCGGGUGCGGGAGAUCUUGUUUCCAUGGCGCAGCGUGGUUGUCAGGGGUGAUGGCACUCUGAGGCGGGUGAAGAGAGAUUGGGUCAUUCCACCUAUCAACGUCCCCGAGAACUCACGAGGACAGUUCCCUGAGGACCUAGUCAGAAUCCGCUCAGACCGAGAUAAGAAUCGAAUGCUGCGUUACAGCGUGACAGGCCCCGGGGCCGACCAGCCUCCGACUGGUAUCUUCAUCAUCAACCCAAUCUCAGGCCAGCUGUCCGUCACCAAGCCUCUAGACAGAGAGCACAUCUCCAACUUCCAUUUGCGUGCUCAUGCUGUGGACUUAAAUGGGAAUCAGGUAGAGAACCCCAUCGAUAUCGUCAUUAACGUCAUCGACCAGAACGACAACAGACCAGAGUUCACACACACCAUCUUCAACGGCUCUGUACCAGAGGGAUCCAAGCCUGGAUCCUUCGUAAUGACAGUGACAUCAGUGGACAAGGACGAUCCAAAAACUGCCAACGGGAUGCUGCGAUAUAAGAUCCUUUCCCAGAAUCCUCAGAGCCCCUCUUCCAACAUGUUCACCAUUAACAACAGGACUGGUGACAUCAUCACUGUGGCAGCGGGCCUUGAUCGUGAGAAAGUCACGCAGUACACCCUGAUCAUCCAGGCUACGGACAUGGAAGGAAACCCAACCUACGGCCUGUCUAACACAGCCACCACUGUCAUCAGAAUCACUGAUGUCAAUGACAAUCCUCCUGAAUUCACCACUGACACAUUCUUCGGGGAGGUGUAUGAGAACAGGGUGAAUGUGAUCGUCACUAACCUGACAGUGACCGAUAAAGACCAGCCUCACACUUCAGCCUGGAGUGCUGUGUACCGCAUCAUUGCUGGAGAUCCCACUGGACGCUUCUCCAUUCCCACUGACCCCACCACUAACGAGGGCCUGCUCACUGUGGUCAAGCCUAUAGAUUUUGAGCUGACGCGCUCCUUCAUGCUGACAGUGGAGGCAGAGAAUGAGGUCCCACUGGCUCGCGGCAUCCACCUGCCUCGACAGUCCACAGCGACCGUCUCCGUGCGAAUCCUCGACCUCAACGAGAGUCCCGAGUUCAGUCCGAAUCCCAAGUCAAUCAAACUUGAGGAGGGUCUCCCAGCGGGGUCUCUUCUCACCACGUUCACCGCCCAGGACCCUGACCGCUUUAUGAGACAAACUGUUCGGUACUCCAAGAUGUAUGACCCUGCCAACUGGCUGGAGAUUGACCCGGUUAAUGGUCGGAUUUCCACCAUUGCCAUCCUCGACCGAGAGUCUCCCUACGUCAAGAACAACCUUUACAACGUCACCUUCAUGGCUUCUGAUAACGGUGUCCCUCCUGCCAGCGGGACAGGCACCCUUCAGAUGUACUUGCUGGAUAUUAAUGACAAUGCACCUCACGUGUUCCCCCCUGAGGUGGAAAUGUGUGAGAGACCAGAUCCUAAUGCCAUCAACAUCACAGCGAGUGACCCUGACCUGAGCCCUAACGCUGGCCCCUUUGCCUUUGAGCUGGCUGGUCGUCCAUCUGAUGUACGCCGAAACUGGACUCUCAAUCGCGUCAAUGGUGAGUACGCCCAGCUGCGACUGCGGAUAGGCUCCCUGGCCAGUGGAAUCUACGAGCUUCCCAUCAUGAUCACAGACUCUGGCAACCUGCCCAUGUCCAACACGUCAUACCUGAAGGUCAAGGUCUGCCAGUGUGAUCACCAUGGAGACUGCGUGGACAUGGAGCGAAUUAUUGCCGCUGGACUUGGCACCGGAGCCAUUAUUGCCAUCCUCAUCUGCAUCAUCAUUCUACUAGUGCUUGUGCUGAUGUUUGUGAUGUGGAUGAAGAGGAGGGACAAGGAGCGUCAGGCUAAGCAGCUCCUCAUAGACCCAGAGGAUGACGUCCGAGACAACAUCCUCAAAUACGACGAAGAAGGGGGCGGAGAGGAGGAUCAGGACUACGACCUGAGUCAGCUGCAGCAGCCUGAUGCCCUGGAACCAGAGUGCAUCAAAGUGGGGAUCAGACGAAUGGACGAGAGGCCUCUCCAUCAUGACCACCAGUACCCCAUCCGCUCUGCUGCCCCCCACCCAGGAGACAUAGGAGACUUCAUCCACGAGGGCCUGAAGGCGGCAGACAACGACCCCACGGCCCCCCCUUAUGACUCUCUGCUGGUCUUCGACUACGAGGGCAGUGGCUCCGAUGCCGGCUCCCUCAGCUCCCUGCACUCCUCCUCAAGCUGUGGAGACCAGGACUACGACUACCUCGGCGACUGGGGGCCACGCUUCCGCAAGCUGGCCGACCUGUAUGGCGGAGGGGACGAUUAGAACCCUGACCUCCAACAAACAACAACCACCACCCUCCCCACCCACCCUUUUGCUCCAGAGGCUCAGGUGGGGGAUGGGAUUAUUGAAGAAGAUACGGAAUGAACAUGGGGUAUUGAUCGGCACUUCUAUAUUACCAGGUGACAGCUUGUAAAAAGACUCGCUGCCCCUUGAUGACGGUUAAUGACACUGGGGACCAUUCUUACUCCUGGCCUAGCAAGGCCUGGCACCCGCUAGCAUUAAGGCUAAUGGACGAUAUCAUCGGAGCAUUAGCCCCUGUGCUAACCAAUGUGAGAAGCUGAAACAGUGCGAUCAGAGGGGAUGUUGUCUCUAUGAUGGUGAAGAGCUACAACAGCCAUGCUACAGACGCUCAUUUACACUUGAAUCUCACAGUACAGGAGCACUGGGGUCAAAUGUGCCUUUUUGUACAUUCUUUUGAUUGUGUUCAGUCUUGAUUCUGUACGUUGCUUUAAAGCUCCCGGUGUUUUGCAACGGCAACUGGAGGAGCACUUUGCCAUGAAGAUGUGUGUGACAGUGUGUGUUUGUAUGGGUGUGAGUGUAUGUAUGUGGAUUACAUCUCAUUACUAGCAAAAGUGUGUAUGAGUCAUUUCCACAGAGACACACUGGAUGGACACUAAAGGGCAAAGCCUACUACGAGACACUUUGGAUGAUCCAAACUGCAAAAACACGGCUUUACUGUGCAGCUCUGGGUGUGAGAGACUCCCUUUUUCAUCUAGUGCAGUUAUAAAUUGAUAACCGCAGUCCCAAGAUAUUAAUAUGUGUAGAUGAAUCACAGAGGAUAACCAUCCUUACAUGUGUGUGGAAAGCAGCAGAUGUCUUUGUAAAUGGUCCACGCUGCUUUUGCAUAUCCAUGUGCAAAAACCGCAGUCUCAUUUCCCUGCAUUGCUCAAGUAUUAAUGAGAUUGACUGCCUAUGUUUAGAAACGCAGCCAACAUCAGAAGUUUUAAUUUCCUCUCUGCUCUCCCACACUGAUAUUCCUCUGCAAACCCUGUUCAUCCACUCAUUCAGCGUCACGUCACGACAAAGCUUCGAUUGAAAUGUCUGACAGAAUGACUUCUUUCAGCGCUCUUAGAUAGAUAACACAAUUAAUGCCACAAUAAAUUUCAAUCACUCUGUUUUUAAGGAGUUUUUUUUCUUGUGUAGAAAAUGUUAGUCAUAGUGCAGUUAAAAUAUUGUGAUUAUGUCCUCGCUGCCUCUUCAUAAAUGGAAAGCUAAAAUAGGAUGGAGUUCAGCUUCUUUGCAGGAUGACAAAUUACAGAUGCCAAGCAGGGUAAAACAGCAAUAAAUAAAAUGUCUCUUUAUGUUUUAUUGUGCUGGUGAAAUUCAAGAAAGCAAAAAUAGUAACAUAAAAACAAGAAGACAUAAAAAUUUGAAGCACUGGAGAAGCAGCAAGAUGUAUUCAUCAUGGAGAAAAUUUAUCAAGCAACUGAAAAAUCUUAAAUUAAGGCCUGCAGCUUGACUGACCAAUCAGACUCCUUUCCUCUGUAAGGACUAAUUCUGAAACAAAAUGAUGCAAGGAUGGAUCACCAGAAUGUGAAACAGAUGCAGAGAACUUCAAAAACAAACCCUGGGCAUUAAGUUAAUUUAACUUCUCUUAUUUUGGUAAUUGCAAGUUCAAACGAGGCAGUCUUUUUUUUUUCCUAUUGCCCAAUUUAUUUGAACAAUCUGGAUGUAUUUCAGAAUUAUCCAUCCAACAGUUUGGUCUUGGAUGAGUUUUUUGAGAGUUUCUCACCAGAUUUGUAACACUUAAACAUAUAUACUCAUACUCUGUUAAAGAUAAAUAAAAAAGUAAGACAAAAAAUGUAAGUUAAGGACACAGAAAUCACGUUUUUUUAAUCAAAGUAACCAUGUUGCGUGCAGUACUGACUCUCAAACAACAGCUCCAUUUGUGUUUAAAAUCUUUUAAUAGUAUCCUGAUUCCCUCUCAGUCUUUAGCUGUAUGGCUCAUCCUGAUCACGAGAUGACCCCUUUUUCAGUACUUGCUUUUACAAAGAGUCUUUGAAGAUAAGAACACUUUAUCAAGCUUAUACUAUUUGCAGAGCGUACCCUUUAGUCCUUCCCUUUUCUGACUAAAGUCAAAGUGUGUCAAUUAUUGUAAAUCUGUUAUUUGAACAUGCUGUUACCUGCCUGUUAUUUGGCUUUCGAGACCAACAGAAUAUCUCUCACAGUUAACAUGCUGCACACAGCGUUUCAACUCCUCAUUAACAUAUUCUAGUAAAGCUAGAUAAUUAUUUAGUUCUUAAAAUGUUGUCUGCUGGUCGGAAAAGUCUUAAAAACAACAUGAAAAAGAAGUGUGAUGAAAUCCAGAUCAUGAUCCUGCCAUAGGAAAAUAAUGGGAGACAAUAUUUUUCCCACAUUGACCGACCCUAAUGAAAAACAUUUUCCUCCAGAAGAAGAUAACGUUUGCUAAUGUAUACGUGGCUUGUGGAGAACUGAGGACUUCCUAGUUACUGAUGUAAAAUAAUUGUUGUUAAAAAGACAAUUCAUAUAUAACUUUUAUGAUUCCUAAGUCUCAGUAGGAGCCACUGGCCCUGAGGUAUUCUGACAACAUCAAAUGUGGCCCUCUCUGAAAAAAGUUUGGACACCACUGCUUUAUAUAAACAAGAAGGAUGAGUUUUAAAACAAUGCACUUCCUAGCCAUCCAUACAUUUAUUCAGAUUAUAACAUUUUGUACCAGGCUUUAAACAUGGUGCAUUCUGACAAAAUUGGGCACUUUAUCAUGGAUGUCAAUGAGCGGCUGUGGCUCAGUGGGUAGAGUUGGUCAUCUAUCAAUCAGAAGGUUGGUGGUUCAAGCCCAGCUCCGGCAGUCACAUGCUGAAGUGUCCUUGAGCAAAUCUGUUAUUUGAACAUGCUGUUACCUGCCUGUUAUUUGGCUUUCGAGACCAACAGAAUAUCUCUCACAGUUAACAUGCUGCACACAGCGUUUCAACUCCUCAUUAACAUAUUCUAGUAAAGCUUUGCCAACUGGCUGUUGAAUCCGUCCAAGAUUCAUUCCUGCAGGUAAGACAUAGAAAGAUUUUGGCUGGCAUUUUCACACAACAGGAACUUGAUAAUACUUGGUAGCCUCACAACCAUAAGGCAACAAUCAACACUUUAACCUGAAAGAGAGAAUCUGACUCAUUCUGUUUGAAGUGGUACUCAUUCAAAGAGAACAUCUGCGUGAAUACAUACAUGUAUUUUUUUGAUAUAUGUAUUAAGGUGUCUUUUAUCACAGUAUCAGGAAAAAAAUAGCUCAUAGCUGUGAUUCAGCAAACUCACAGUUACAAGUUCCUUAGACCGCAACAAAUCAAAUAGGCCAAUUGCCUUGAAGUUUACAAAAUCCUCUAUUUUUUUAGGGGUUAACAGUUGAGUCACAGCCUUUUGCAGCGUUGUGGUUUUAUUGGGAGGCAGAUAUUCGUCCAACUCUGAGCUGUACAGUAGAGCUGCAUAUUUCUGACAGUUUGGGACUCCAAAGCUUAUGAGAAGACAUGUACAGUAAUGCUAGACUUUAGAUAGAUCCCCUCUGUUUUUGUUUUGCUUUUAUCACAAUGUAACUUAUGCAGCUGAUUGCUAAGAAAGGGAGACAUCUGUCCUUGUUUUGUAGCAAAGAUACUUCUUGAUACUCUGCUGUGGUGGUAACAAAAAAGGCAAUGUAUCUUCUGUCUGCUGAUGGUUUGCCUUAGUGUUCUCUGGUACUGUCCAACUGGCUACUCACUGUAAACUGAAAUAUGUACAGAUUGUAUUUUUUCUCUUGUUGUUCUUUUGGCCGUGGUCUCUGACAAUGACAUGCUAAUAUCCUGAAUCCUUGUAUAUGUGUAAUUUGGAUUACAAAUUAAAACAUUUUUGCAUGUUUUUAUCUUUUCAUUAUGGGAAACCGUAUUUUUCAGAUCUUUUGCAAAGUUAACACCAGUUGCACAAACACAAACACACAAACACUGGAUGGAUUGAGGAGCAGAGGAAAAAGCUGUAUGCACAAUUAUGUAUUAUUACCGCAGACUAUAUAAAUACGGUGGUACGCUUGGUAAAUGGUAAAUGGACUACUUAUAAAGCUCUUUUCUAGUCUUCUGAAAAUUCAAAGGCCCUUUACCCUACUUGUCACAUUUGCCCAUUCGAACAACAUUAAUACACUGAUGGUGGAGGCUGCAUGUAAAGUGCCCAUCAGCAUUAAGUAAUCCAAUUUAAACCCAUUCACACACCGCUUGCUAUGCCACCGGGAGCAAUUUGGGUGUCAGUUUCUUGCCUAAGGACAUUUCCUCACAUGGACUGGAGGAUUGAACCACCAACUGCCACCUGAGAGACAACCCAACUCUACCACUAAGCUACAGCUGCCUAAAUUACAUCAUCCAUUAGGUUCUGAGGAGGCUUUUUGAAGCCCAACAAUGGUGGUAGCCAUCUCAACUAUUGGUCAAAUUAGUCACACCUCUAUCUAUGCAAAUAUAAGCAUGACUCUUAGCCUUUAUAUCAGGGGUGUCCAAACUAUGGCCAGGGGGCCAAUCUUGGCCCAAGGUCCAUUUAUUUAUGGCCCCAAGCUUCCAUCAUAAAACGUGUUAAUUUAGCACAGAAAUUAAUCACAUUCUGAAUCAUCUGUACAUUUGCAGUUUCUUUUUUUUUAAGUUAUAUUUUUGGCCUUUUAGCCUUUAUUUCAUAGGACAGCUGAAGAGAGACAGGAAAUGUGGGGAGUAGAGAGUGCAGGAAAUGGUCGACCGGCCGGGAAUCGAACCAGCUACGCCUGCGAAAGUAUGUGGGGCGCUUAGACCGCUAGGCCACCAGCGCCCCAAGUUUCUUUGAAGCGCACAAACAAAACUAAAGUCAAUCCAGAAACAUCUAAAAAAGCUUCAUAUGGACUACUUUUAUAAAACCAAAGCUCUGGGAAUUCUGCAAGACGGCAAUAAAGAAGGAACACAAGAACUCUUAAAGUGGACAGGUUUACAAAUUAAUGUUUUUAUCAUGAUGUGAAAAUGUUCUUGAUGAACACUAAAAGUUCAGAAGACACAAGAGGACACAAGACAAGAUCAAAAUUAGGAAAUUGUGCAGAAAUGGCCAAAUUUGGUGGAUCAAUUUUUUUCAGAACUCAGGAAAAUAAUUAUUUUGUUCUUAAAAUGUUGUCUGCUGGUCGGAAAAGUCUUCAAAACAACAUGAAAAAGAAGUGUGAUGAAAUCCAGAUCUUGAUCCUGCCAUAGAAAAAUAAUGAGACAAUAUUUUUCCCACAUUGCCCGACCCUAAAGAAAAAACAUUUUCCUCCAGAAGAAGAUAACGUUUGCUAAUGUAUACGUGGCUUGUGGAGAACUGAGGACUUCCUAGUUACUGAUGUAAAAUAAUUGUUGUUAAAAAGACAAUUCAUAUAUAACUUUUAUGAUUCCUAAGUCUCAGUAGGAGCCACUGGCCCUGAGGUAUUCUGACAACAUCAAAUGUGGCCCUCUCUGAAAAAAGUUUGGACACCACUGCUUUAUAUAAACAAGAAGGAUGAGUUUUAAAACAAUGCACUUCCUAGCCAUCCAUACAUUUAUUCAGAUUAUAACAUUUUGUACCAGGCUUUAAACAUGGUGCAUUCUGACAAAAUUGGGCACUUUAUCAUGGAUGUCAAUGAGCGGCUGUGGCUCAGUGGGUAGAGUUGGUCAUCUAUCAAUCAGAAGGUUGGUGGUUCAAGCCCAGCUCCGGCAGUCACAUGCUGAAGUGUCCUUGAGCAAAUCUGUUAUUUGAACAUGCUGUUACCUGCCUGUUAUUUGGCUUUCGAGACCAACAGAAUAUCUCUCACAGUUAACAUGCUGCACACAGCGUUUCAACUCCUCAUUAACAUAUUCUAGUAAAGCUUUGCCAACUGGCUGUUGAAUCCGUCCAAGAUUCAUUCCUGCAGGUAAGACAUAGAAAGAUUUUGGCUGGCAUUUUCACACAACAGGAACUUGAUAAUACUUGGUAGCCUCACAACCAUAAGGCAACAAUCAACACUUUAACCUGAAAGAGAGAAUCUGACUCAUUCUGUUUGAAGUGGUACUCAUUCAAAGAGAACAUCUGCGUGAAUACAUACAUGUAUUUUUUUGAUAUAUGUAUUAAGGUGUCUUUUAUCACAGUAUCAGGAAAAAAAUAGCUCAUAGCUGUGAUUCAGCAAACUCACAGUUACAAGUUCCUUAGACCGCAACAAAUCAAAUAGGCCAAUUGCCUUGAAGUUUACAAAAUCCUCUAUUUUUUUAGGGGUUAACAGUUGAGUCACAGCCUUUUGCAGCGUUGUGGUUUUAUUGGGAGGCAGAUAUUCGUCCAACUCUGAGCUGUACAGUAGAGCUGCAUAUUUCUGACAGUUUGGGACUCCAAAGCUUAUGAGAAGACAUGUACAGUAAUGCUAGACUUUAGAUAGAUCCCCUCUGUUUUUGUUUUGCUUUUAUCACAAUGUAACUUAUGCAGCUGAUUGCUAAGAAAGGGAGACAUCUGUCCUUGUUUUGUAGCAAAGAUACUUCUUGAUACUCUGCUGUGGUGGUAACAAAAAAGGCAAUGUAUCUUCUGUCUGCUGAUGGUUUGCCUUAGUGUUCUCUGGUACUGUCCAACUGGCUACUCACUGUAAACUGAAAUAUGUACAGAUUGUAUUUUUUCUCUUGUUGUUCUUUUGGCCGUGGUCUCUGACAAUGACAUGCUAAUAUCCUGAAUCCUUGUAUAUGUGUAAUUUGGAUUACAAAUUAAAACAUUUUUGCAUGUUUU